UCCGGGAGUUUAAACUGAGAGUGAAACUGCGGCUCUGAACUGAUUAAAGUUUAAAAUUAUUAUUUUACUGUAUUUCUCUCAGCUGGAGUUUAUUAUACAGAUGUUAUCGACAUGAGGAGUGAACUGUGGAUUAUUCUAGCUGUUAUUCUGCUGUCUUAUGAGACUGAAGGUCAGGAGGCUGUGCUGCACGUCUCUGAUGGAAACAUUCAGAAGGAUUACUGUCUUGUCUACAACUCCUCAUGGUUCAACGUAUCCACCUCCCUCAGUGAUGCUGUGCUUUACAGCUUGGUGAACAUGACGUCCAGUGUACUGUGUAAUGACAGUGGACUGAAGCCAGGUUCUCUGAAGGGUGCAGCAGUGGUUGUGAUUGACGGAUCCUGUAAUCUGAGUCAGAAAGCUCAGGUGGCUCAAGAAUUCGGAGCUGAAGCAAUUAUUAUCACCAGUGUUGAUGCCAUGAGAUCGUCUUCGAUCAGUAAGAGUGAACAUUCCAACCUGACCAUUCCUCUGGCCCUCAUGAGGUCCCAGGACUUCAUCGAUGUACUAAAGGUGUUUUCAGGCAAUGAUACUAAGGUGCAGAUGUAUGCCCCGCCCAUUCCUGAGUUUGACUUCAGCAUCCUUAUCAUGCUGGUACUCGCCGUCUUCACCGUGGCCAUGGGGGGGUUCUGGAGCGGUGCUGCCGAGAGGGAGAAGCUGAAUGCGAGAGCGCUCUCUGCUGGUGAAGAUGAUAGUGGAGGAGAACUCUCUCUGUACUCUCCUCUGAAGAUUCUUCUGUUUGUGGUGCUGAUGUGUGGGAUGCUGCUGCUCAUGUACUUCUUCUACAGAUACCUGGUGUACGUGAUCAUUGUGAUCUUCUGCCUGGCGUCAGCGACAGGACUCUACAGCUGCUUGAAAGCUCUGCUAAAUGCUAUGGGCUGCAGUAAACUCAGUGUACAGUGUGGAGAAAGGAGCUGCUCUGUGAGGAAUCUGAUGGUAGCCGCGGUGUCCAUCACUCUGGCUGUAGUGUGGGGUGUUUACCGUAACGAGGACAGGUGGAUCUGGAUCCUGCAGGACUUACUCGGUGUUGCUUUCUGUUUGAACUUCAUGAAGACCAUCACACUGUCCAACUACAAGAUCUGUGUGAUCCUGCUCAGUCUCCUGCUUCUGUAUGACGUCUUCUUCGUCUUCAUCACCCCCUUCUUCACACCUAAUGGAGAGAGCAUCAUGGUGCAGGUUGCUAUGGGUCCGGAUGCUGCAGGAGAAAAGGGCAGUGGUGAUGUGGUGGUUCCAGGAGAUCCAUCAUCCUCCUAUGAGAAAAUACCCGUGGUGAUGCGCAUCCCCAGGUUUGCAGCGUGGGCUCAGAACCUGUGUAUGAUGCAGUUCUCCAUCCUGGGAUUUGGUGACAUCAUCAUUCCAGGCCUGUUGGUGGCGUACUGCCACAGGUUUGAUGUUUGGACGGGCAGCUCUAAGAUCUACUACAUCUCCUGUACUGUCGCCUACUGUUUGGGAAUGAUCCUGACCUUUGUGGUGAUGUUCCUGAGUAAGAUGGGACAGCCGGCUCUGCUCUACCUGGUCCCCUUCACCCUGAUCACCAGCGGCGUGCUCGCCUGGAGACGCCAAGAGUUCAAACAGUUCUGGGCUGGAACCGCCUACCAGGUGUUGGACUCGACCAGGGAGCCAUUAUUACCAGGUGGAGACGCUGAACAUCCUGUCACCGUGAGGAAGUGCUGAGUGUGUGAGUGUGUGUGUGUGUGUGUGUGUGUGUGUGUACAGUGUGAUUACUGUGAUUAAUUCAUGACAUUUAUCUUUAAUUGCCUUAAUUAAUGGUUAAUGAGGCUCCGCCCACUCCUGCAUUAACACACCUGAACCCUGAGUCCAGCAGCACCAACACUCAUCAGACUGUGUGUGUGUGUGUGUGUGUGUGUGUGUGUGUGUGUGUGUGUGUGUGUGUGUGUGUGUGUGUGUGUGUGUGUGUGAGGGAGUUUCUCCUCGUCAGUGACAUCACUGGUCCACUUGAUUUCUGCUUCAUCAGAGCAGUGGGAGGUGAACAUGCGGUAGUGAUGUUGGCGGAAAGCUUCUGUAACCUUUUCUAAUCUCUACAUUAAAAACUAUAUACUAAAACGUCAGAUCUAAGCAGGACAUCAUUAGCAGUGCAUUAUGGGAGCUGUAGUUUUCUCAGUUAAUCAGGUGUGUUAAUGAGGGGCAGAAACGGCGGCUUGUUUUUUAUUAAACCAGCAUUUUUGGGGGUUUUGUACUUAAUUCUUCUUUUGAUUUUCUGACUAUAAUUACAAACUGAACAAAUUGAAUCUUUAUAAGAAUGAUCAGUGUGUUUGAUUCUGAUAAUAAACUGACAUUUUCUAAACAAA